UUGGAGAACGCGCCUGCGCUUUGCAAGAUCUGUUGACUGGACUGUUAUUUCCUGAAUGAAAUUAGGGAUUUUAGGAAUUUUAAUGAAGUCCAAAAUAUAACCCGACCGUGGGAAUGGCUUGUUUAGCUAAAUUGAAACAGGACAUUAAGUUUUUAGAGACCUCUUUUUCCAAAGACCACGAACGUUUUCAAAUUCGCUCGGCUUCUGUUGAUGAACUGUCAUGCAGAUUCAUUGGAAGAAAUGGAGAGAAAUACGACAUUCAUGCCAACAUAACGGAAACUUAUCCUCAGACAGCCCCUAUAUGGUUUAGUGAUUCAGAAGAUGUGACCUUGACAACUGUAAUAGGUAGAUUGACAGACAGUCCACCUGAAAAUUAUAAUAUUGUGCAUCAGGUGAAGAAACUUGUAACUGAUCUAUGUCAAUUACAUGAGUUACCUGCCCCAACAAUAGAUGCAGGUGGAGAUGCAUCUUGUCAAAUGGAAACAAAUUCUAAGGCAAUGGCCAGUAAUCAAAAUGAUAGUUCAGAAGAAGAAGAAGAAGAUGAAUUCCAUUAUGAUAUGGAAGAAGAUGCACAAAAUGAUCAGAAAGCUAAAGAUGAUGAUAAAGAUAUAGAACUAGGUAAUUUAGCAGUACUUGAAAGAUUAAAACAGAAUCAACGUUUAUCAUAUCUAAAGGGCUCAGUAUCUGGAUCAGUACAAGCAACUGACCGUCUUAUGAAAGAAUUACGUGAUAUAUAUAGGUCUGCCAGCUUUAAAAAUGAGAUAUAUACUGUAGAUCUAGUCAAUGAUAGUCUUUAUGAAUGGAAUGUGCGAUUAAAAAAGGUGGAUCAAGACAGUGCUUUAUUUACAGAUUUACAAACAUUUAAAGAAAAAGAAGGCAGAGAUUUUAUAUUGUUAAAUUUUACAUAUAAGGAUUCUUUUCCAUUUGAUCCACCAUUUGUACGAGUAGUUCAUCCCAUAUUAACAGGAGGUUAUGUGUUAGGAGGAGGUGCAAUUUGUAUGGAAUUACUCACAAAACAGGGUUGGUCUAGUGCCUACAGUUUAGAAUCCGUCAUUUUACAAAUAUCAGCUACAUUAGUUAAAGGCAAAGCAAGAAUACAGUUUGGUGCAUCUAAGAGUCAGUACAGCUUAGCUAGAGCACAGCAGUCUUUCAAAUCACUUGUACAGAUUCAUGAAAAAAAUGGCUGGUUUACUCCCCCUAAAGAAGAUGGAUAAAAAUAUAUAUAUAUAUAUAUAUAUAUAUAUAUAUAUAUAUAUAUAUAUAUAUAUAUAUAAACAGUCAUCCAUGAUCUUCUUGUGUCUGUGUAAACUAACAUUAAAACUUAAACCUGUAAGCAUUUGUAGAUAUAUUAUAUACAACUGUGGAAGGAACCGUGUGACAGCAGUCUGGAACAAACCAUAUGUGAAUGAAUCUACAAGUCCAACUUACUUAUAUUGUGAACGUUUCAACGUUUCAUUGAUAACUUACUUCGGUCAACUGUCGUCUUUAUUAAGAGGCUCGUGAAGGAGGAUAUGGUUUGAAUUAUUAUGAAGUGCAACAAUAUGAACCUAAAUAAGGAUAAAGAUGCACAACCUACCCUAUGUGAAAUUUUCCGUCAAUGUGCAUAAGUUAAUUUGUAUAUAGAAACCAAAAUGACAAAAUGAAGAUGUAUAUAUGAAACAAUAUUGUAUUCAUGGCUCUGUGUGUGACAUGUUUAUUUGGACUAUGCACCUUUAAACUGCAGCCAUUCUCAUGUUAUGUUUAUGAUGUAAUAUUAGUAAUUAUUAUUAUGUUUUGUCCUAGUUGCUUUUUAUUGGUUACUUGUUUGGCUAGUCUUUAUGUAGUGCACACAAUACUUCAGCUAUUUGUUACUUUAAUUAUUUCACCAGUUUAUGCUUUCAUAACCAUACCAUGGAAGGGUGGGGGUGGAGGGAUAAAUUUAAUAAAGCAGCAUCUCUGACAACAUUAAUUUAUUUAGUUACACCAAGGCUUCGCUAUUAUUCUGAUCAUUUUUUACACAAAGGAUUAACUCUGUUCAAAUGUGUGAUCCUUACUAUCUAUAUGGUGAUGUCCUUUAAUUUUUCCAAAAAUGUCCAAUAUUUAAACCUUAUUUAUGAUAACCAACCAUGUCCAGUCUUUGCAUGGAGUUAAAAUAUGACAUAUUAUGGCCAUCUACAAACUUCUUUGAGCAGCAUUUAGCAACUGACACACCUAUUAAAUACAAAAACAUAAUAUGGAACACAAUUACUAUUUUAAUUAAAGGACAAUAUUGGUGUCAGUCAUUGUCACAUAUGUGAUAGAACUGGUUAAACGCGUUCCAAAUAUAAUAACACAAGAGAUCAUUGCAAUGAUAGAUGCGUUAUGAAACUUUCAAGAAAGGGAAGUGAUGAACACAAAAGGAAACCAUGGGUUAUCCUUCUAUAUAACUGACUGAAGUGACGAGUGAUAACCGAUACAUGGGUGAAUUUCUGCUCACUAAUAAUUUCUUCAAAGUCCAAAAGUUCUUAUGUGAGGCUGUGAGAGGAUAUCUGAUAAUUCAAAAAAGUAAUUGAAUGUCUCUAGAUAAGGGAAAACGGGAAAAAUAGAAAUACUCUUAGUGUACAUUCCCUUGUUUUUGUUCAUUCUAUACUUAAUAAAAAAAAUGGUAAUGCAUGGACUUUUUUCUAUUUUUCUCAUUUUCUUUUAUCUAGUGAUAGUCAAUUAUUUGUUUGAAUUGUCAGAUAUCCUCCCAGUCUCAUAUAACAACUUUUGGUCUUCGAAGGAAUUAUUAGUGAACGGAAAUUUGCCUGUGUAUCUGUUAUCACUCAUCACUCCAGUUAGUUAUAUAGAAGGUUAUAUAGAAGGAUGACUUGUGUUUUCCUUUUGCGUUUGUCACUUCCCUUUCUUGAAAACUUCAUAACGCAUCUAUCGUGGCAAUGAUCUCUGUUAAAAUUGUAUUUGGAACUUGUUUAACCAAUUCUAUCACAUAUGUGAUAAUGACUGACACCAAUAUUGUCCUUUAAAGAGACAUUUAUUAAAUCUUACAAACCUUCAUAUUUCCUGAAAUAAUGUUCGUUUACAGUAAGUGACAAUAUUCAUGGUCUUGUUGGUGAAUACUGCAUGUACCAGAGUCUCCAAAUUAAAUUGCAUAUUCAGCAUUGAGUAUGGUUAUAUACUAAUUAAUAACUGGACUUAACAUAGGAGAAUGUAUGGAUUGAUAUGCCCCACACUUUUGAUUAGAUUAAAGAUUCUGUAAAGGUCCCUUGAAUGCAGUAAACAUUAUUUAUACCUCUAUUUGAUCUCAUUAUGGAUAUCAUUCAACUGUUAUCAUUUUACCAUGGCCAUUCUGUAAUCAGUAAUUGAUUGCAAUUGGAUAAAAGCCAGUUACAUGUUCUAUAAAGCACUCACAUACUGAAGGAGAAUUUAGUCUUUUAAUAGAGUAUGGAUAUGUUUGAUUUAUGCUAAUAUGAACUGAAUCCUGAUUCCUUUCUAAUGCAACUGCUCCAAAUUUAUUUUUCAUGUCUCAUCCAGUUCCCAACUUUUUCACUGUAUGAAUAUAAACAAUGAUAUUGAACUUGAAGAUUUGAACACUGUAAAAUACUAAUUAAAAGAAUCCAAGUUCAGAAACACCCUUAGGCCUAUAAAGUAGUAUUUCUAAUUGGAUAAAAAUUAAACAUGGCCAAAAAAGUUUUAUAUCCCAGAAAAAUAAAUGUUUACAGCAUUUUUAUAGUGAUACAGUUCUGUGUUAUGGACAUGACAUCAUUUGCAAUAAUAUUGUAUCAAACCUGUUGCAUGUGAUGGCCUUAGAUUACCAGGAAAACAAUCCAUGACUGAUAAUUAAUGUGUCGCCAUACAUUUAGGACUGUGAAGUACAAUUAUAUAAAGUUAAAGUUUUCUUGUAAAAUGAAGAUUAAAUGAUAUCCGCAAUAAUUAUUUCAAACUUAACACAUUUAGUUUGAAAAAAUUACCAGUCCCAAAUCCUGCAUUUAAACACAUAACACUGUUGUUGAUAGCUGCAUAUACAUGUAACAAUGCAACUUGCCAUUCUCCUUUUAUUAUAUAUUUGACUAAUUUCAAAAGUUGAAGUGACAAAUAAUUAAAAUUGUUUGAAUGGCAUUUAGUAAUUGAACUGGAAAUACACAGGUCACAAUUCUAUGGAAUACAACCUUUGGUUUUUGUCAGUGCUUAGUAAUAAUCAGUAAUUGUUUUCUGUAGAAUUGUGAGGUGUGUAUUCCCAAAUAUUAUAAUUGUAAAAUAAAACAACACAGAGCUGUAUUUAUUUAUUAUGAUCAUGAAUAAUGGAUAUCUUGUGAAAUUUGCUAAAAAUUAUGCAAAUUUUUCAUCAUUAUGAGUCAACAGUCACUUCGAUUAUUGAUAUGACGACAUAAUUCCAAGAUGGAAGUGAUGACAUCAUGCUCGGGGAUUGGCCUUUUGAAAAAUGUUACCUUAUUGCUUUCAUGCCGACAAUCUUUAUCCAACGUCUAUUAAUCCCUAUAUUUAGUUGAUAUUCUAUUCAAUUUGUUUUAAAAAUCAAACAGAUUUCAAUUUUUAUUUUGCUGUCUUUUGAAAGAUAAUCAUAAUCAUUUUAUUAAAUAUUAAAAACUAAUUAACUUAAAUUUAUCUGUGGUGUGUAUUUAUUGAAAUUAGGAAAGAUAAUUCAUAUGAUCUAUUGAUUUCAUUCAUUCCAUAGCUUUUAAUGAAUGCCAUCAAGAUCAUUUUGCCAUAAUGAAGGAUAUAAAAUCAAAGUUAAUUAUUCUAUUUGUUUUGACUGUUAUAAAGUGAUGUAUAUGUAUAUUAUUAAUUUGAUCUUGCUGGCCUAUCAGCCUUCUUAAAUCUAUAUACUUAAAGCUGAUUUCAUAGACUUAAAUCACAAGUUCAAUAAAGGAUUUGCACAUGCCAGUAAACAGGUAAAAAGACAGCAGGUUGCAACUGUGUGAACUCUCCAAAGUAAAAACAUUGCUGUGGCCAACAGCUAAAAUAGGUGACAAUAAAUGUUUUUGUGUGUGAAGUUAGCACAUACUCUCCACAAAAUGCAAUGUCACUUCUAAUACAGAUUUUUCCUCUUGAAACAAUGUACAAACCUUUUUAACUUAGAUUAACAGGAUAUGAAAAUCUGCUCUUUGUGUAUUGUAGCCCAAUCUUCUUGUAGUGGUUUUAUUACAACUUAUUAUAUCAUCAGGGUUACGUUAUUGUGAUGAAGGCUUAAUUAACCAGUACCAUGGUGUUUCAACACAAAUAAAUCAUAUUUUUAAAGUUUA